CAACGGGACGCCAAGCAAUGCGCAAUUGCUUGUAGGCAUAUCGAUUGUAGAGGAAUUUUGCAGCAGAAUAAUGCCUCCAAAGAAGAAGAAAGGGAAAAGUAAUAUCAAUAAGCCCAAGACCAAAAAUAAGAAAGCUAAUGAGGGGGGAAGUGAAUUGGAGGAGAAGUACAGGCGAAGUGCAUUGGAUGUAACAGUUCUGAGGGACCAUCUUGCUCUGCGAGGGGAUGUGGCACAGCAGGCCCAGUCCAUCAGUCAUGACCUGAGAUCUCGUAUGCGGGACAUGGAGCAGGAGCUCCACCAUGAGAGACUGGACCGCAAAGACGUCAAUGCAGAUCUCACCCGUCAGCAUAAGACCAUGCAAACCGACAUGACGGUCAAAGUGAAAAGGCUGGGGGGUGAGGCCAUUUUGCUGCGAGAACAGCUUGCUCAGUGUCAGGAGGAGUUGAGGGCAGAAAGGAAAGCGCAUGAGCAGUUGCAGCAGGAGAAGGAUACCACAAUAGCUGACUUACAAAACAAACUGGACGACAUGGAGACCAACUACGAGAAGAUUCUGCAUGACACUUUGGACAGUUUGACCUCCCAACUGGCUGAGGCUCGACUGCGGUGGGAGCAUGAGAGUACUGUUGUCCAUCAGGAAUACAAAGAGCUGCUCUCUGACUUUGGCUUGAACUCACUGGACAUCUGAAAGGCUCUUAUUAUGUAACCAGGGCCCGUAUUCAUAAAAUGUCUCAGGGUAAGAGUGCAGAUCUCGGUUCCAUGUCCACCCCCUUUCACCCCCCUGUUCAUGUACAUUUCAUUAUAAUCUAAAAGGCAAAAUGGAUCCUAGAUCAGCACUCUCACUCUGAUGAUCUUUAUGAAUACUGGCCCUGAUCACCACCACAUUGUGUCAUUGCUACGAUAAGACCAGGCACACCAGGGGCUCGUAUGUGUCAAGCAUCUCAGAGUUGGAGUGUUGAUCUAGGAUCAGUUUUCUAUUUUAGAUAAGAAUGAAUAACAUUACAUGGACAGUGAGGACCUGAUCUACAUCAGCACUCCUACUCUGUGACACUUGACACACAUUAUGGUAAAGUAAAUAGAUCGAUUCCAUGUGGAUUUGAAGUAAUUCAUAACGAGAAGGAAAACUUAAUGACAAUAAUGUAACAACCAGUGUUUGAUUCAUUUGGUUACUGUGUCUUUCAUGAUGUAUAAUACUUCUUAAAAUACUUCUUAAAAACAUGCAGUUGUUUGAUUUUCUUCCUAUAGUUAUUGUGGUAUUGAUGGUCAUUCACAAAUAUUACGUUUUUGAGUCUUUGGGGUGACACAAAUUGUCAUUUGAAAUGAUCCACAGUAACUUACAUACUAACUCUCAAACUAAUGGCUAUUGUUUGAGCGGGAAACAACUACUGUGCAUUGAUGGGCUUUUUUACUCUUACAACACAUAUUUAUGGAAGUAAGGAAGUUAGCUUAUGUAUCGUACAUUUCCACCAGGGUGCGUCUUCCAUUUUUCCUGAUAGUCAUUCAGGUAUUUUAUUGAACACUACCUUUUCA